GAGGUUAUAAAAAAACUACCAGCGCUACCAACCUACCCGACAUAACCUCAAUUGUGUAACAAAAAAUGGCAAAUUUUCUGAAAAACAUUAAUAUUUCUAAAAAUAUUCAACGAUUUUACUUUCGGACUCGUCGCUACGAUUGGGCGGACGAAGGAAUCCAAUACCCCGGGUUUAAAUACUACCCCAGGUACCCCGACUUUAAGGACCCCCCAUAUGAGCCAUCGAAACUGUUCCGAGUUCAGCGCAUCAAACACCUGAAAGGUGUACCCCAUUAUGAGAAACAUAUCUUAGCCGAAUUUCAAUUGACUGGAAAACUGAGUGAUGUAGUUAUUGUAAAAAAUAUCCCAGAAAAUAACCAGAGAUUGUGGAAAAUAAAACACUUGGUGGAGAUAAAACCGAUCACGUUCCCUGAUGGGUUCCCCUCUAGCCCUAAAGGGGCCGUGUUGAAGGAAAAUGGGGAGUUGCGAGUCACGAAAACUUUAGAGCCUUCAGAAGAACGGUUGCAAUUGACGGAGAGUUUCAAGACAAAAGGUGAAAGAAUGGAUGGGGAUACCCUGAGGAGGGAUUCGCGGAAAAAGUGGUUGAAUGCUUGGGAUACAACUUUUUAAAACAGAUAAAAUUCCUAUCAUUUAUUAAAAUAUAUCUCAAAACAUGAAUUUAAAUAAUGUAACUUAUCGCCUA